AUGGCAGACCAUUCAGAUGACGAGGAUGCCUAUCUCUAUGGAUCCGACGACGAGGCCGGUGUAAAAUCUGUAGGAAAAAAUGAAUCCAACACGAAGAGUGUAUCUUUACCAAAUGCCAGAAGUGAGAAAGAAGUAGAAGAAGUUGAAGAAGAAGAUGAUGAUGACGAGGAAGAAGAAGAAGAAGAUUCUGACGACGAUAUAGAUAUCAUAAUAGGUGAUUCACCACCUAAAACGGCCACAGUCGUUACUUCUGCUCAGACAGAAACUACAGCAUCCGAAGAAAAGUCAUCUACUACAACAAUAGUAGCCAGUCAGCUGGGGGAGCCUGGCACAACGGUGGACGUGAAUACCAUGGCAGAAUACGAGGGAAAGCCACUAACGCAAUUAGACUUGGAAACACUUAAAGAUAAGCCAUGGAGAGCUCCUGGAGCUGAUAUUUCCGAUUACUUCAAUUAUGGUUUUGAUGAAUUCACGUGGAUAGCAUAUUGCCACAAGCAAGACAAGACGAGAGGCGAAUUUAAUCCUCAAGCUGUCAUGGCUAAAUUGAUGGGAGGAUCUGCUCCACCCAUGCCACCUGCUGGAGCUGGUCCUGGUGGUCCUCCAGGUAUGCCUCCUAUGGGAAUGAUGCCACCGGGAAUGCCUCCUAUGGGUAUGAUGCCUCCAGGCAUGCCCAAUAUGCCACCUGGAAUGGGUAUGCCUGGAAUGCCUGGAAUGCCAGGCAUGCCUAACAUGCCCAACAUGCCCAACAUGCCUAAUAUGCCCAACAUGCCCAAUUUCAUGAAUAAUGCCAAUAAUAAUAAUAGUAAUAAUGGUAAUAGGCAAUAUCAGAAUUUCAUUCCGAACAGGCAAUGA